AUGGCAUGGUCGCGACUCCACAUAGACUUUGCAGGCCCCUUCCAAGGACACACAUUCCUAGUCAUUGUGGACUCAUACUCCAAGUGGCUGGAAGUAGUCCCAGUAUCAGCCAUGACUUCAGGAAUUGUCAUCCGUGCCCUGCAGCGCUUAAUCACUACACUUGGACUGCCGGACAUCAUCGUGUCAGACAAUGCCGCCCAGUUCACUUCGCGAGAGUUUCAGAUGUUCCUGGAUAACAAUGUCAUCUGGCACAUCACGUCAGCGCCAUUCCAUCCCUCCACUAAUGGGCAAGCUCAACGAACGGUGAGAUCCGCGAAGGAUUCGCUGCGCAAGCUCAGCCACAGGGACUUCAGCCAGCGCCUGACGGAGCUCCUGCUGUGGCAACACACACCCCACACCACAACGGGCCGGAGCCUGGCGGAGCUGCUAAUGGGGCGAAGGAACUACGGAUCUGGUCCAGUAUGGUUCCUGGCAACCGUCACCAGGACCACAGGGCCAGUUUCCUACAAAGUGGCUGACUCCGCUGGCAAGGCUUACCGCCGGCACAUCGACCAGCUGCGGCAACAAUGGCCGCCACGGGAGCAGGAACAGGACAGAGACUUGCCCCCUUGUUCUACAGAGGUGAGAGCGGAAACAGAUGUUACAGCCGAGAACCACAGGGAUGGGCCACUGGAGGGCCGCGACUGUCUACCAGCAGCGUCAGGCAUCCCGGGCACUGCCAAGACAAACCCCUCCAUCCCCGCAGUGGAGCCAGCAAAGGAUGUCGGGGGACCAGUCGAGGGGAACCCGAGCACAGAAGGUUUGCGCAGGUCCCAACGGGUUCGCCAGCUGCCUGCUUUUCUGGGAGACUAUGUGUGGAGCGGGGCACCCCAAUCUUAG